AUGAAUUGCAAACACGAUGACACAUUGAAGAGCAACCGUGGUGGUGCAAAGUCCAAUCCCUUUCUGAGCAGCUACGAAAGUCUCAACAUUUCUAAGAAUAGCUCCGCUGAAGAAAUUGCAGAAAAAUAUUUAAGGAGUAAAUUGAGCUUGGAUUUUAAAAAUACUGGAAAGACAAGUUACAAUGCCAGUGGAGGUGCUCACAGGGAUUUUUAUGAGGGCAGGAAUGCACCAGAAAAAUGCGACAUUGGCAGAACGGCUAAUGGUCCUCCGAGGGGCCAUUUUAACGGUGCGCGUGGCCAGACAAUAUAUGGUAGUAGAGCGAAUGAUUACAGCCAUUCUGAACGGCAGGAGAACCCUAACUAUGAUAGCCACUUCAAUAACGGGUCGAUCUUUUCCGAGGGAAGGAAUAUGAACAGUGGCAAUGUCCCCUUUAACUAUGGCACUCAGCAAAAUGAUCAGAGCAGAGGAUACACAAAUUCAGUUUCCUUUUCAAAUAACAUGACCAAUUUUUUUAGCUCCACAAACUCGGCUAAUGCAACCGAUUUUACACACCUUAACAAAUUUAAGGAAGAGAAAAAAAGCAACUUGUAUGUAAAAGACGAAUUUUUGAAGUUUGGCCAGAGUACCUCGAAAGGGGUGCAGGACGAACAUCCCAACAGAGCCGCCAUUAACAUGAACAGCGUUGAUGAGUUGCUUAAGAGAUAUGGAAGUAGCAGCAGCGGAAACGGUAUUGACAUGGAUGUGGAGCGCGCUGUGAACCCUAUUUUCCAUCGCCUAAGCAGGAGGGAGAAUUGUGAGGGAACGAAAAUUAAAACUUCCUUUAUGAACAAAGCAGAAUGUAUAAGCCGAAGCAGCUUGGGACGGGACAGCAACAACAAGAGCUACUAUCCCUACCGGAUGAACAGAUUCGUUCGAGACGACCCUUCUUCCUUGGGUAGUAGUAAAAAAAAAAAUUUAAUGCAAAGGAAUAAAGAUUAUGUGCAUUACCUGAGCAACCGAAAUAGCAUCCUCAAGAAUGAAGUGUCGAUUAGGAAAGACUUGGGAAAGAAAAAGGGAUUCGUUAGUAAGUUUGAAAAUACCUACUUGAGGAGAAAAACAAAUAUGGAAGGGAUUAGAAGACAACAGGGAUCCCUUUUUAGCUCUGUUUUGAGGGGAUACCAGAGUAGAUGCAAUAAUGAGAACGAGCUGAUGAGCAGUAUUCACAUUUUUAAUAACAAACAUGUUGAGGAUGUUCAGAAUGGUAGUAGCUACAGGGGGGCGUUGAACAAGGGAGAUGGAAAAGUGAGCGACAGAGGUGGUGGUGAAAAUGGGAGUUGCUUUUCUGUGGGUAAUAAGUCGGCUCAUGCUGAUUAUAUUGGAAAUAGCGCCAUUAGCAUGAGUUUCCUCAAAUCGACUUACUCCGAUUCGAGCAAGCUAGUAGACACUCCUAUGAAUGGGGGCACAAUAAGUAGUAGGGGUGUGAAUGACCCCGUUAAUAAUCUAACAAAAGACAAACCCGAUAUGAUAUCCCUCGAGAGGGGAAUCCCAUCCGGUGAAGUAUUAACAAGUAGUGUGCACAUGUUAGGGUUGCACCCGAGCAAGGACAAGUCCACACGUGACAACCAUUUAAUUGGCACGUCCGAGAUGUACGGUGCUUUGUAUGGCGAAGGUGGUGCAAGUGGUAUGGCUAGACAUACUACCAUGCGCGAAGAACAAAAUGGGGAGUACUUUUCUCCCGGGGACAGAUAUAAUGAAAAGGAAAAUAUGAGUGGGUAUGUGAAGAAGUUGCCCCCCACAGGUGAAUAUUUAAUUAGGAACGAUGAAAAGGUUCCCCUUAACAAUUGCAACCAGAGCAUUUGUAGUGGUAGCGGGAUGGGCUCGAAUAGAGGAGGGGAGUACCUCUCACACGUUGCCCCUAACUCGGUCAGAUCGGAGGGCAAGAAAGGGAUGAAGAAUUUCCUCCACCCCCCUUUGUACUUGUCUGAACAGAAACUAAGUAACUUAUUCAAUAAUGAAAUGGGGAGUAAAAAUUUGCUCAGCAGUAAUGUGAGUGUGUAUAACAGUGGAGGGAAGAGAGGAGAGGGGAGUGUUGUAAAUUGUAAUGACAGCAGAUCAAGCCAGAAUAAAAUAGCCAACGGGAUGAUUGUGAACAGUGGAGUAAAUACUUCUGAAGGACUCCCUACUGUUGGGUCAAAGGAGAAAAAAAAAAAACAUAUGAAGAACCAAGUGGGUAGCAUACAUACUUAUGAAGAGUAUUGUAAAUACAUCAAGGAGUCGAUCAAUGGUAUACCCAUAACGAUAAAAAAUAUAAAUGUGCUGCUCGCCUUGGCAUUGUAUUAUUUAACGCAUGAGAUGAAUGGAAGUCACAAGGGAACUGAGCUCCCUGACCAGGUCCUUAUAAAGUUACUCAAUAAAAUUUUGUACUGCUUAAAUUUGAAGACCUGUUUGUUGAAGGACAAUCUGGGGGGGAAGAUCGGCGACGAAAACAAGUACUAUUAUAUACAGAUAAGGGAAAAUGAAAAAUGUGCUCGAGGCGACGGGGGGCAAGAAGACAGGGAAGUGAAGACGACGCUUACAUCACAUGGCGAUGCGAAAGAGAGAGACCCCGUUGACCAAGCCAACCAAGUGAACUUCUUCACCUUCUAUAACAAACGAAUAGUGUUAGAGAAGAAGGAUCAAGUGGAGAAUACACAUGAAGGUGCCAUGGGGCUCCUCCCGAAUCAAAGUCACUUAUAUGAGGAUAAUAAGAGGUACAAGAAAAAAUGUUUCUACCUUGGGGAAGACAUGAAAAUAAUAACUCUUGUGGAAAUAUUAAAAAUAGCUUGGUGUCUUUGUGUGUUGAAGAAAAAUAUACAGUACGUUGACUUGUUGAGGAUCUUAUACAAGGAGGUGGAGUCGAUGAGGGUAAGCAAUGAACUUGUAUUCUGUGUGAGUUACCUUUUUAAAUAUUGUAAUAUAAUUCACGUGGAAGAGUGUAAAUUAGAAUUGAACAAACAUCUGCAUAUAAGAUUAGAAGAAAGUACCAAUGAGAAUCUGUGCCUCUACCUACACCUCCUCCACAUUUGCAAUUCACAAGAUAAGAACUUCCUAAACCACAACCACAAGAAAAAUAUCGACCGGAUUGUAUCCUACUUGUAUGACCGAGUAGAACACAUAAGUUUGUAUGCCUUCACUAACAUCUUAUGUGCCUUGACUAACUUACAUGUUAAAAAUACAGAUUAUCCUUACUUCUUUCACAAGACCCUGAAUUACUUUCGAGGUAAUAUUAAAAAGCUUACCAAGUGUGUGUUGCUGGUUAACAUCCUGUGGUCCUUGUGUGUGAUGGAGGUCUGUUGCACAGAUUUCUUCAAAGAUUUGAGUGAAUACAUUAUUAGCAUUUUGCACUUCUUACCCUUGGCUGAGUUUAUAACCAUUUGCUGCUCCUUCGGUUGCCAGAAGAUGCUCGUCGUGAAGAAUUAUCUUAUUACCGUUAGGAAGACAGGGGAGGGCAAGUCGGAGCAGAGGUGUGGGGUUGCCAUUGGGAGUGAGAGCGAGAGGGAGUACAGGGCGUAUGAGCCCGUCAUCGCGGAAUACUACGCGGGAGGGAAGCUCUUCCCCUACUCCUUCUACCGCCGACCCGUCUGCCACGCGCUCGUCUUUAAGAUUCUCGCGCACGCCUUCCUACACGAUGAUCAGCAUGAUAGGCGGCAUGCUCAGCAGCAGCACGAUGAGGGGGAAGCGGUUAGCGGAGGAGCGUGUCUCCCCCGUGAGGUGAUUAGAGAUUAUACGGACCGAAGCGGUGCCAGGAGGAAAACGUGCAGGAGCCUGAGCGUGGAGAACAGCAAGGCCGGCUCCACCGGCGCGCGUGAUUCAAGCCGGCGUGAUUUAGGCGGGCGUGAUUCAGGGGGGCGUGAUUCAGGGGGGCGUGAGUCGAGCGCGCACAGCUCUCGCUUUAACAGCUCAAGCAUUUGUAGAGCGGGCGGUGGCCUCGGCGGGGAAGCCCGAAACGAGACGCAGAAAAGCAAGUACCCCAAGAAGAUCAGCGAGAAAAAAAAAAUAAAAGAACACUACAACCUGUAUGACCGAAGUAACAAGUAUGAAUUUGCAUUGAACUCAUGUGAGAGGAUCCUAUUUGAGAACCUCAUUGAGGACUGCUGCAACAACUUCGAGGUCCUCAAGUCUAAUCACCUCGUCGAGUUCCUGUUCACUCUGUGCAUACUCAAUUUGAAUAAAUGUAAGGUAGUUAAAUUAGCAGAAGGAAAAAUAAACUCCUCCCUUUUUGAAGAGAACUACGAGAAAGCAGUGAAGAAGAGGAAGAAAAAAAAUACAUAUAAGGAUCUCACAGAACAGGAAAGGACAAAUGAAAGAAACGAUCUUAUUAUCCUGAAUUACAUAUACAACACGUAUCUGCAGGAGAGUAACUACUACUCUGGGAAGGGCGACGUUGAUGAAGGGUUCAUACAAAUGGUAGACAAUGUAUAUUUUUGCAGGUACGUAAAAGAUGAAUUUUUUUUACGAGUUAUUAAAACGAGCAAAGGGUUAGAACAAAGAAUCACCACUGGUGCAUUUUCUAAGCUGAGGCAUAUUUUGAAUGUGGCCACGGUGAGCAGGGAGAGCCGCGAAGGUAGGGACACCGGGGUCGGUAUGGGGCAUGUGGGGAAUGGGACCUUGGCGAAAGAACUCCCCCCUGCAGGAGAAGAAAAUGCGUCUAACUUGAACCAGCAUGGUGAAGAUGUCACUAUUAGUGAAUCGAGGGGAGGCACACAAGAGAGACGACAGGACAAGGGAGAACACCUCGGUGGAGAUGGGCUGCUCGAUGGGCACCCAUCAGGGGGCAACAUCCACAUGGGGGACAAGCUGGCGGAGCGCCCUGAUGAAGUAGACCUCCGGAAUGGCCCCGGCGAAUACGCAGGCGAACACGCGCGUGAGGUGGGGGAUCGCGUGGGCGACACACCCAGGAGGCUCAGCAAGUUCAAGCAGGACCUGAAGCACACAUACGACGCGGCCAUUUCUUACUGCAACAAGAGGACCAAUCAUGUUGCGAAGGGAAGUUUCCUGAGCAGCGGUGGGGGUGCAGACGGGGCACUACAAAAUGACAAGCCCCAACAGGAGAAGGAACAUUUUUUGAAUCACGAAAUGUAUGAACACAUAGUUUCAAAGAGAAAUAUAAAAAACAUUAUGAACAGACAUAAGGAGAAGGGGAUGGUUGCGAAGAUCUUUUCAUCACCAUGCGGUGGUGACACUGCUGCCCCAGUCGGUCACUGCGAGAAGGCAAAGCAGAAAAACAGCUUUAAUUUUUACAGGACGUUUAUUCUGCUGCUUCAGCUUUCUGCCCUUUCGCUGCUUUCCUUCGUCGUCCUGUUUGUGUACACGUCGCUCAUGUAA